GUCGUGGAAGGAAAAGCAGGGGUCAUCACGGAGGUCACGGUGGAGGCCAUCAUGGGGGGAAGAAAGGGGGCAAGGGAGGCAAGAAGAUGCUGAUGGCAAUGAAGAAGAUGAUGGGUCUAAUGAUGAUGGGCAAAUUUGGGAUGAUGGUACCCAUGAUGCUCGGAUCUGCCAAGCUGAUGGCGGCCAAGGGGAUGAUGGUUGGAAUGACGUCACUUUUGAUAUCCAUUAUUGUCAAAGUUAUGGGGUUGAUGGGGAGUGGAAAGAAAUCAGGUGGGGUAGGUAAAAUGAAAAUGGGUGGAGGACCCUAUCCUCCAAGUGGUGUGCCUGCUGGUGGAGGUGGCUGUGGGGGUUGUGGUGGUGUCAGCAAUACUUAUGGCCCCCCUUCUGGAGGGGGAUGUGGAGUUAGUGGCUGUGGUGGGGGCAGUAUAACAAUGCCAAGCAACAGUUACGGAGCACCAUUUAAUAGGGCCGAAAGUGGAUUUGCUGGAGGGAUAAGUGACAUUUACGGAGCACGAG